CGGUUUGGACAACAAAUGCUCUGUCGUUCCGCUUUCUUUCGAGGACGAUAUUUUGCAAAAGAAGAGAAGUGUGGCCACGCAUACGUCUUAUAUGUCUUGUUGUAUGUUCCUGCGAUCCGACAACCUUCUGUUAACUGGAUCCGGUGACUCAACGUGUGCAAUUUGGGAUGUAGAAAGCGGGCAAAUGAUCCAAAAUUUUCACGGGCACACUGGAGACGUUUUUGCGGUCGAUGUGCCGAAGCAGGACACCGGAAACAUCUUUAUUUCAGCGGGCGCUGACAAGCACACUCUCGUCUGGGAUAUUCGAUCUGGGCAAUGCGUGCAAUCUUUUGAAGGACAUGAAGCGGACAUCAACACUGUUAGAUUUCAUCCUAACGGCGACGCUUUUGCGACUGGAUCUGAUGAUGCGUCGUGCCGUCUCUUCGAUUUGCGCGCGGAUCGUCAAGUGUGCGUCUACGAGAAAGAAUCGAUCCUUUUCCCGGUGAACGGCGUUGAUUUCUCGUUAUCGGGCCGAAUCCUCUUUGCCGGCUAUGGGGAUUAUCGCGUCGGCGUCUGGGACUCGCUGAAGGUGGUUCGACACUCGGUACUUUACGGGCACGAGAAUCGGAUUAGUUGCCUGCGAACGUCGCCCGACGGGACGGCCAUCUGUUCGGCCAGCUGGGAUUGCACAAUUCGGAUCUGGGCC